UGCACACUUAUCGGGUUUGAUUGCGGCGGACAACACCUUAACAUUACUUCGGUAUCGCUGCUCGAUGUUGGUGAAUGCAAUCUAAAUUAUCGAAAACCCAAUACCAGCAAAACAUACGUCCAACUUUUACAACUUUCCGAUUACAACCAUACAGAGAUUAUCCAAUGCAAGGUUGAAAUCUCAAGGACAAUCUACCACUGCGGAAUGCAUUCGCACGUCUCGGCAGUCCACAAUGGAAGAGCGGACUAUAUCCACGAGACUGGAUACUCUUUAUGUCGAAGAAUGUUUCAAGAUGGAACCUUCUCAUUAGGAACCGGCAACAUCAUCCAUGGUCUGAGAGCUAAUCAGACGUUCUUUUCACAGCCUUACCCUGGUUGGACGAAUUAGCAACGAUGGAAGCUGUAAAGGAACGCAAUACUCUGAUCCCUACGGCACAUGGGAUGACGUUAUUGUUCAAGCUGUCCUUAAGAUAUCCUUGAGAUCAUCGCACGUCUCUGUGCAACUAAACUCAGGGAAAAUAAUAUUGAAAUCAGGAACCCUUUGCGCUCUCAACGAAAGUUUCUGUAUUGAUUCAGACGACGGCUACACGUACUGGAAGCCUAUACCAACAUCAUCAUGUAAUUUCCAUCGGUAUGAUAUCCUCUAUGAAGGCCCAGCCACCAGAAUUGUAGAUGACGCUAUCAAUUCCGUGUCUCCAAUCAUCUACAGCUUAACAACGGAAGACAUCACCUUUGCUCUUACCAAAACUAAGGAACAACCCUUGUGUGGAUACACUCUACUCUGCACAGAACAUCCAAAAUUUUUUAUCCUGGAAACCAAAAAGGGAGAUACCUUUGCCAGUCGUGGCAUCAUUUCCGUGGAUAAUCUGGAUAUUUUCGCAUAUAUGAACUCUAAAUUGUAUAUGUAAAAAAACACAUUCGUCAUCAAAUGACUUCAUUAUAUCAUAAUGUCAUGCAACAAAAAUGCAAACUGGAAAGACAAGUAAUAACUAAUGCCUUGUCUUUUGCUACUCUUCAACAAGAUGAAUUCGCAUAUCGACUUACGAAGGGACCAGGCUAUAUGGCAGUCACCACUGGAGAAGUUACGCAUAUUGUCAAAUGCAUACCUGUAGAUGUCACAGUAAGAAGGACAGGAGAAUGUUACACAAAGUUACCAGUAACUGUACGUAAUAUUUCCUUAUUUCUUACUCCUAAAUCUUGAGUAAUUACCAAACUCGGAAAUCAAAGAGAGUGCAGCUACGAAUUACCUACGAUAUAUCGCAUCGAAGAUACUUGGGUUCAAUUUACACCUGAACCGCAAGUAAGACAACUACCACCUCAACAAUUACGACCAUUAACAACUUUAUCUUGGGACUACUUAACACCAGGACCUCUUGCUAUCAGCGGAAUAUAUACCAAGGAUAUAGAAAAGCUGAGGGAUCACAUUAUGUUUCCUGCAGAGAAACCUGCUCUCCUCAAUACAAUUGCUAGAGGACUCACUGGCCAUUCCAUCGAUACGGACGUAGUCUUCAUGUACAAUCUGUUAGACGAAACUUCUCUCAAUAAAAUAGCUGAGAAUGCCGCUUCUCGAGUAUGGUUUGUUACAUUUGAUUCUGCAACAGCCGGUAUAUUUGGCAUCCUAGUAGUCAUCCGCAUUAUAAAAAUCGUUGUCGAUACUGCUAUUCAUGGAUAUGCUCUACAUACUGCCUAUGGAUGGAGUUUACAUUUAUUGGGAGCGAUCUGGAGCUCUCUCACCCAUUUGUUACUUCAUCUUGCACGAGGACCAAUUAACAAAGACGACAACAACAAGGACGACAUAUCAUCACCCUCUGCACCCGAAGAGCCACCCCUAUUGCCUCUAGAACCACCAGCGACCGAUUGUUCUUUAAAAAUAAGCGAAAAUGCUGGAGUCAACAUCGAAUCAGCAACCAUUGAGAUAGAUGAUUCUGAAAAUCAUGCUUAUAAAAAUCUAAGAGACCGAUUGAAAGAUCUCGAACAAAUCACUACGAAAAAUCGUAAUUUGUUCUUAAAUAAGGGGAGAGGUGUAACGUCCUGCCAAUUUUAAAAACUAUAUUUUAGCUAGUAAUUAAGUACCGCUUUUAUUCCUGCAAAAUACCUAUGGAAUAAUUAUGUAAUCCAUUUGCUUUUAUUUUAAUUGUUAACUAAUUUCAUUAAUCGCUUAUCAUUCUAGUUCCAUAUGGUUAUUUAGCCUAAAAACCGAAUAUAUUUUAAUCCUUUUAAUAAUAAUCGAUGGCGCAAAGAAUUGAGAAUUCCUUAGAUCGACGAAUCAGGAAGCAUUAUUUAGAACUAGCUAGCUGUACAGCAGUGACUUUCUAGAACUAACCUGCUGAUUACUUUAAGAACGGACUUGCGAGCGAGUUUCACACUCGAUAAUAUCGAUACUAAUAUAUAACUUUUAAGAUUUUAAUAUUUAAUCAUACAGACAAAUAUAUAUAU